AUGGAUACUUCGCCAGAAUUCAAGAGGGUCAUGAGCCUUGUGACAGCCCUUGCCCUUUUUGCUACCUUUGUCAUUCCACUUCCUGUUCAUGCUUCCCCUGCGGAAGCACAAGCCCUCCUCGACUGGAAGUCCAGUCUUGGCAACCAUUCGGUUUCUUCCCUUUCUUCGUGGACUCCCUCUCCUCAUAAUGCCACCGGCUCCGGUUCGACUGUGAGUCCAUGCGCUUGGUAUGGCAUCUCCUGUGAUCGGGCGGGGACCGUGAUCAGGAUUAAUCUCACCAGCGCCUAUGUCGAAGAAAUCGGGCAGUUGCAUUUGCUUAGUGAGGUCGCGUUGUAUUCCAAUCAGUUGCAUGGAUCCAUACCUUCCUCAUUGGGUAAUUUGAGCAAAUUAGCUAGACUGUAUGUCUACAACAACUCCCUUUCUGGUUCUAUUCCUCCUGAAAUGGGAAAUAUGACAAAUCUGGAAGUGCUUCACAUGGACACCAACUUCCUAACAGGACCGAUUCCUUCCACUUUCGGGAACUUAACCAAAUUGACAGAGCUGCACCUGUUUUCUAAUGAGCUUACCGGUUCCAUCCCUCAGGAGUUAGGGAAUUCGAACCUUCUUAGCACGUUGAGCCUUUAUGAUAAUAAUCUUACCGGUUCAAUCCCGUUGACAUUAGGCAAUUUGAUAGAGCUUACCUUUCUUUAUCUCUAUGGUAACCAGCUUUCGGGUCGCAUUCCUGAUGAGAUAGGAAAUCUCCGCGCUGUGGUUGACGUAGAGCUGAGUACAAAUUAG